GCCUGAUCCGACAGACAUGCCGCGAUUGUCGCGUUAAAUCUCUUGUUUUCUGCCCUUUAAAGCCGUCGUUUCUCCCCCAGAUUUCCACGCAACUGUGCUGGGAUAGAUAAACAUCUUUGACGUUUUUUACCACAAAAAAAACGUCAAAUUUUGCAGUUUUUUGCACGUUUUUCCAGCUUUUUUGCAGGUUUUUUCAGCUUUUUUGCAGGUUUUUUUUAGUGCGUAAAAUGAACGGGUUCAGCACCGAGGAGGACAGCCACGACGGCCCGCCGGCGCCUCCUUUUUACGGGCAGAGCUGCUGUCUGAUCGAGGACGGGGAGCGCUGCGGACGUUCCGCCGGGAACGCCUCCUUCAGCAAGAGGAUCCAGAAGAGCAUCUCCCAGAAGAAGCUCAAACUAGACAUCGACAAGAGCGUGAGACAUCUCUAUAUCUGCGACUUCCAUAAGAACUUCAUCCAGAGCGUCCGCAACAAGAGGAAGAGGAAGACCAGUGACGACGGAGGGGAGUCCCCGGAUCAUGACGUGGAAGUGCCUGAGGUCGACCUUUUCCAGCUGCAGGUGAACACGUUGAGACGCUACAAGCGACACUACAAGCUGCAGACCAGACCCGGACUCAACAAGGCCCAGCUGGCAGAGACCGUGAGUCGUCACUUCAGGAACAUCCCGGUGAACGAGAAGGAGACGCUGACCUACUUUAUCUACAUGGUGAAGAGCAGCAAGAGCCGCUUGGACCAGAAAGGCGACGGCGGCGGCAAACCGCUGGACUGAACUCCACAGCAGCUUAAAAACGGAAAAUCCAGAAUAAUCCACAUCUUUCCUUCCUGGACACCACUAGCAGUAGCAACAACGACCCAAAACCAGCUCCUCCUGCAGCCCUGCCGCCGUCCCACUCCUCUGUAAGACCAGAACACAAACUCUUGUUGUCCUUAGAGGACAUUUACCGCAAACGGAGGAGAAUUCAAGUCGGGAUGAGUUCUCUUUUUUUGCUCAUUUUGCCCUCCUCGCAUGUUGUCACAAUGAUCAUUUCCUCCUCCUCUCCUCUGCUGAAAACCAGGUCUCUAAAGACUGUUGAGGACCAGGACUCACUCCGCAGGGUUUCACGUCGCCAUGCUGUAAUGUAAACUGUCAAUAUGUACAAAAAGAACAGCGUGGAUCUAACGUAUAGUUGGUUAAAAGCAAUGUGCGAUAUAGCGGCCUUAAGAGUGAAAAGAUCGGUAAUUUGGAGUUUGUUUUUUGUUGUUUUUUGUCGACACGUUCACAGAGAGGAGUGCUUGUGCCAAACAGGAAAAACUUGGAAUUGAAUGAUGAAGAGUGAGAUUUAGUUUUUGUUGUUGUGAAUGAAUGAGUUGUUGGAAAAGGGGCGCUGCCUUCGCUGACAUUACGUUCAGCACAAUCAGGACCCCAGGUCAGUUUUAAAGUGGCACAGAGUUCACAUGGAAAAAAAACAAAAAACGUUUCAUUCUCAAUAAUGUUUAAAACGAAUGAAAUGCGAGCUGAUCUCAGUCCUGAUAUUUAAUCUUUAAAUCGCCCCUUUUCCUUACUGGACGUGUUGCGUUCAAAGACCGAUGGUGAAUGAUGUAGCAUUCAGCUAUGACCCACUCUUCUCCUUCUUUGCCAGCUGUUUAAUAUAUGUUUAAACUUUAAACACACACACACAUACUCGUUCAUUUUCUCUCUGCACUGCAACAUUUUGUCGCUAAACUCAUUUAUUUCUUUGUAAGCCAGUUUUUCUGCCCUCCACUUUAGUUCAGCCUUAAGUUGUUUAAAGAUGUGUCUGUGUGAAAAUAUGAUUUAGAUUUUCUCCUGAAGGGGAACUUAUGUGUGUGAGUGUGUGAGAGAGAGAGAGAAAGAGAGAGCGAUUGGGGUGUGAGAGUAAUUAUUAGCAUCAUUUUAAUAUUUAAGAGCUGUGUUUAUAGAGGACAACGUCUCCAGUCUUGAUUUAAUUCUCUUCAUACCUGGAUGUGUUUCAAGACGCUGUAAAGCUGAAAAGGAAGUCGAUGUUUUUUUUUCUUUAUCUUUUGGGUAAUUCAAAUUUAAACAGUCACGGAUGCCUUUCUUCCACACCAGCCUGCAAAAAGUCACAAUGUCAUCACGAGGAAGUUGGCUGAUGAGUUCUUUAAAAAAAAAAGUGCUUUCAAUUUUUAUGCCCUUUUGAAAUAAUCCAGUCGUAAAGGAGUUCGUGACCAUCUUGACUUCUUCCAUGUUAACAUUGCAGCACGGGUGACUGUGAUUAUUGUCUUAACGAUUAAGUAUCCAAGUAAAGGAUUGAAUUAGUUUGUGAAAUGAAUGAGAAAAACAGCACUGAAGAAUGUCUUUAUUUGUUGGAUUGGGUCUUUAUGUUUCAAUGAUUUUAAGCCACGAUGGAAAAGUAGCCUUUUGUUCACAAGAAACAUUUGAGAUUAAGAAACCAACACCGCUGAUAUCCUGAACAUUUAUUUAAAUUCUUUACACACUGCUGGAACCUCCAGGAAAUGGUCAUGUUACAACUCUUUAACUCCAAUUCCCUUCUUUUCUUUUCUUUUCAUUGUGGUGCCUGCAUUAAGUUCUGGUUUUCUCUCGGCAUCCUCUGUCACACAUCGUAUUUAAGUUUGUCCACCAAUCAGAGUCGUCUACUUUAAACAGGGUUUACUUCAUUUUUUUUUCUUUCAAGUGUCUGUUAUAUUUUCAGUUUUGCUUUCUAGGUUUAUUAGUGUCAUGUAGAUAACACCCAACUUUAUUAACUCAUAGGCCACGCCACAUUAACGUAAUUGUUGUAUUAGAAGAAGAAAAAACAUAUUUAAAUAUGGCUGCUUAUUGCUCCUGAUGAUGAUAUUAAUAAUAAAUGUAUUGUACAGACAGAAGCAACAGUCUCGUCUCUGUUCUUUCACAGAUUGCUCAAUUUGUCACAUAUGGUUUUCAGCUGUUUUUUUACACUUUAUAUAUAAACACAUACACAGAUGCCAUGAAAAUAAUCUCUGAAAUUAAGGAUAAAAAAAACAAGAAAAUGUCAAAGGAAAAUGUUUCCAGGUUGGAUGUUGUUUCAUCAUGCUGUGUAGUUUCAGGAACAGCC